AGCCCUGGGCGGGGCCUCCGUGGCUCCCUCAUCUUCCCCGCCCCGUCGGCCUCGCCCGGCCCUGAGUGGCCUUCGGGGAUGACGUGCGAGGCCGCCUCGGCCUAUGGCGGCGGAGCCGGCCGGCUGCUUGGCGGAAGUGGUGUGGGGGAGGUAGCCCGCAGUGCAGGGGCAGCGCGGCGUGGGGCCACUGACGGGACGCGGCUCCGGGAACAUGGCUCGCUUCGCUCUGACUGUUGUCCGGCAUGGAGAAACAAGAUUUAACAAGGAGAAAAUAAUCCAAGGACAAGGAGUAGAUGAACCUCUUUCAGAAACUGGAUUUAAACAAGCAGCAGCUGCUGGUAUAUUUCUGAAUAAUGUGAAGUUUACUCAUGCUUUCUCCAGUGAUCUCAUGAGGACAAAGCAGACCAUGCAUGGAAUUUUGGAGAGAAGCAAAUUUUGCAAAGAUAUGACGGUAAAGUAUGAUUCAAGACUUCGGGAAAGGAAAUACGGGGUUGUAGAAGGCAAAGCGCUAAGUGAGCUGAGGGCCAUGGCCAAAGCAGCCAGGGAAGAGUGCCCUGUGUUUACACCGCCCGGAGGAGAGACGCUGGACCAGGUGAAAAUGCGUGGAAUAGACUUUUUUGAAUUUCUUUGUCAACUAAUCAUGAAAGAAGCAGAUCAAAAAGAACAGUUUUCCCAAGGAUCUCCAAGCAACUGUCUGGAAACUUCUUUGGCAGAGAUAUUUCCUUUAGGAAAAAAUCACAGCUCUAAAGUUAAUUCAGACAGCGGUAUUCCAGGAUUAGCAGCCAGUGUCUUAGUUGUGAGUCACGGUGCUUACAUGAGAAGUCUGUUUGAUUAUUUUCUGACUGACCUUAAGUGUUCCUUACCAGCCACUCUGAGCAGAUCUGAACUUAUGUCAGUCACUCCCAAUACAGGGAUGAGUCUCUUUAUCAUAAACUUUGAGGAAGGAAGAGAAGUUAAACCAACGGUUCAGUGUAUUUGUAUGAACCUACAGGAUCAUCUAAAUGGACUGACUGAAACUCGCUAAGGUUAAAUCUGCAUCAAAAUCUAACCAUUUUGAGCCUCUGAAGGGAGUGCCAUUGGCUUUAUUUACUUCUCUCCUCUGCUAGUUCUGAUUUGGAAACAGUUAAAAGCCAAUUUUUAGCUCAAGUGGAAUCAUAGCCACAUAAAACUUUAAUGGACAACCAUAUAGAAUUAUUUUGUCUAAGUACAGUUGGCAUUUUCCAGAAUAAUUUUACCACCCUGCUACGUGUCAUCUCUGGAUUGCACAUGGAUGAUGAAGGAACUCAGCAUUGAAAGUUGGGGGAUUAGUAACCUUGUUACAACAGUUUCUUUUUCAUUUUAGUCGAUUUUAAUGGCUAUUGGUAAGAUACUGUAUGUUUUUAGUAUCUCAUCCAGUGCUUAGAAGAAAGAAUGGUUUAUAAUUCCCAGUACAUGUUUAUAUUGAGUAUGUGUUAUAUUUUUUAAAUCCUUUAAAUAAAAAAUCCUUAUAAGUUUAUGUAAAGCAAAAUAACACUAACAUGUUUUACAUAUAAAUCAACUAUUGGAAUUUUUUAUUCUAGAGGGCUUGAAAUGUGGAUGAAUACAGAUUAUGAUUGCAGAAUGGUCUGGGGGAAGAAGUUAAAACGUUUGAUUUAAAUACAGUAAAGAAAGAAUCUUGGAGCAGAAGAUAAAAGAACAGCCUUUUCUAAAUAAUGCCUUGCCGAAGUCAAGUCAAUGGAAACCAGGAAAGCCAAAAAAAUGAAGAAUAUCCACUUGCUUCUUAUCUAACCUGUAGGCUGAAGAAUUUCCAGUUUGAGGAAGGCUCUAAAGAAAGUAAACAGUUAACAGAACACCACACAGUAAUCUCAGAAUAAAAGAGGGACCUUCUUUGUAAAGAAUGGUGCUCUGGGCCGGGCCCAGUGGCUCACACCUGUAAUCCCAGCACUUUGGGAGGCCGAGGCGGGCGGAUCACAAGGUCAGGAAUUCAAGACCAGCCUGGCCAACAUUGGUGAAACCCUGUCUCUAUAAAUACAAAAAAGCCAGGCGUGGUGGCAGGCGCCUGUAAUCCCAGCUACUUGGGAGGUUGAGGCAGGAGAAUCGCUUGAACCUGGGAGGUGGAGGUUGCAGUGAGCCGAGAUCGCACCACUUCACUCCAGCCUAGGUGACAGAGGGGAUGACAGAGGGUGCUCUGGGGGCAGGGAAGGGGGGGUGGCUGGGGGGGAGAAUGUUGCUCUGAUAACCACAGCUGUGGUUAUUUUGUGGAAGGUACAGGCGAGGUUGCCUCUUCUUUCCACCAGAUGGCACUGGAGAAAAGGGAUUUUGAUUAACUUAAUUUUAUACACAAGAUUGGUCUUUCAGAAAUCUUUAUCUAAAUGAAGAAACUGUUUUACAUGUAGUUCGCUUUUAAGUCACCAUGUUGCUAAAUGCUGUGAGUCUCAGCUUUAAAGAGGAUUAAUACUAAAGUUGUCAGUUAAGGCUAUAGUCACAUAUAGUCAAAAUUUACUUUGACAUCAUUUUAAAUCAUAUAUAAAAUUCAGUAUUAUAUUGUUCUUAGUGUGUCUAGCACUACCAGUUUUCUACCAGUAUUGAAACAGGGCACGUGUUUGAGCAUCAGAGGAAGUAUACUGUAAAUAAAAAUUUGAAAAAUAAGCAAAAAGGACAGACAAUAAUUAUCUCCAUUCCCACCAUACUGAAGUCAUCUUUCCACUUUUUUUUUAAAGAAACAAAACAUAAAGAUAAAAGUAGAGUUCCCUUUAACCAGCUCUCACAGUCCUGUUCCCUCCAGAGGCAGCCACUGCAGUGAGUCUGUGUAUAUGUUCAUCUCUUCAUCUGCUUGCAAUGUUCAUCUGUUCCUUAUAUUUUCACCUAGUGUCUGGAAGGAGAUGGUACUGUUUUGGUGCUUUAAAAAUAAAUAUCAAGCCAUCUGUGUUCUUUAUUUUUACUUAUGUCUUGGAGGCAUCCCUAUGUUGAUAUAUAUAGAUCUAGUUAAUUAUAACCACUCUAUUCUAUUAAACAUAGCACAUUUUUGUUUAUUCUAUUAGUGGGCAUUUAGGUAUGUUCAGUUUUUUUUUUUCUUUGCUUUUUUUCUUUUUUUUGGAGACAGAGUCUCUCUCUGUUGCCCAGGCUGGGGUGCAAUGGCGUGAUCUUGGCUCACUGCAACCUCCACCUCUCAGGUUCAAGCAAUUCUUGUGCCUCAGCCUCCUGAGUAGCUGGGACUACAGGCAUGCGCCACCACGCCUGGCCUUUUUUUUUUUUUUUUUGGAUUUUUAGUAGAGACGGGGUUUCGCCAUGUUGGCCAGGCUGGUCUUGAACUUCUGACCUCAGGUAAUCCACCUGCCUUGGCCUUCCAAAGUGCUGGGAUUGCAGGCAUAAGCCACCGUGCCUGGCCUAUGAUGCAUUUUUUUUAUAUGUGUUCUUAAUUUUUAAGACAAACCAGUAUACCUUAUCCUUUAUGGGUUUUUUUUGGUGUGUAUCUUUAAGAAGACUUCUCUACCAUGAGGUCAUACAGUAAUGUCUUCUUACAGUUUUUGAGAACUUCUGAAUGUCGAAUCUUGAAAUUGAAAUUUGCUUUUUAUAGUAUAAGGUAAGAAUUUAAUUUUUUUUUCAUGUGGUUGAAACAGUUAUCCCAACACCAUUAUAAAGGCUGUUCUUUCCCAAUUGGUUUGUGGUGUGUGCUCUCAGGCCUCACACACCCUCAUUUGCUAGAGUCUGUGGACUCUUUUAGUUAUGUAUUUCCUUAUCAGUGUCAUACUUAGUUACUGUGGCUUUGCAGCUGACUGUCUUAAAGGGUGGAUACCUCCUCUUGUUCAUUUUUAAAGUUGUCUUAACUAUUUGUGCACUUUUAUUCUUCCAUAUAAAUUUUGGAAUCAAUUGGUCAAUUUCCAGAAAAAUUCUGUUACAAAUUUUAUUGGAGUCACAUGCAUCUCUUCAUUUAUGUAGUUAUUCAAUACAUAUUUUUUGAGCAUGGCACACACAUGCCAGGCUAUUUUAAGAACUAUUACAACUAUGAUAAAGCUGUGAAUACGUAGCAAUGAACCAAAACACAAAGUCUCUGUCCUUGUGGAACUUUUGUUGUGUCAGAGAAGACAGUGUGUUGGCUCACAUUGUGGUCAGUGCUGUUGAGCAAAAUAGGUCAGAGUAAGGGGGAUGGAGACUGGUGGGAGGAAUGCUGCUUUAUCCAGGAUGGGCAGGGAGGACUCGAUGGUGUCAGCACUGAAGGAUGUAAGAUCUGCUGCUCUGGGGAGAGGAGCAGCAUGGAAGGAGUAGAGUGCAGAGGCCAUGAGGAAGGAUCAGGCUUGACUCCUUUGAGCAAGGGGGAUGGGAGAGUGACGGGAGAAGAGGACAGGCCACAUGGCCUGGUGGCCUGUGCUGAGGCCUUGGGCUUUUAUUCAAGUGAGAUGAGAUGCCAUUGGCCAAUUUGGGCAGUGAUGUGAUCAGACUUGUUUCAGUAGGACCAUCCUGCUUGCAAUGUGGAGAGCAGGCUAUAGGGGGUGCUAUAGGAGCACAGGGUUGGAGGCAGGGAAGAGGGCAGCACUGGCUGUUGGGCCAUUUGAAGAAGCAAGGCCAGGGAUGUUGGCAGGGACCAGGCCAGAGUGCCUCCAAUGGCUGACUAAGGAGCCUGGACAUUGAAUUUCUAGGUUAGCUUAGGAUUUCUCAUCCUCCCAUCUGUGAAUGUCAUAGAUCUCUCAUUUUGCCUGAGUCUUUUAUCAAUGAUAUUUGUAAUAUUUUCCCUGGUUUUUGAUUGUUUUUUAACAAAUGAAUUUUUUAAGAGACUUAAUUUUUUAAGAGAAACUUUAAUUUCCCAGCAAAAGUGAGAGGAAGGUAGAGAGAUUUCCCAUCUAUCCCCUGCCCCUGCACACGCAUUGCUUCUCCCACUAUCAACAUCCCCCAGCAGACCAGUGCAUCUGUUACCAUCAGUGAGCCCACAUUACACUGACAUAUCCACAUCACCUGAAACCCAUAGUUUACAUUAGGGUUCAUUCUUGGUGUUGCGUGAUCUGUGGGUUUGGACAAAUGUAUGAAGACAUGUAUUCCACCAUUAUAGUAUCAUGCAGAGUAUUUUCACUGCCCUAAAAGUCCUCUGUGUUACCCGCACUCAUCUUUCCCACCUUGUCUUGUCUGUUUCUGUUAGGUUUAGUCCGAGGCCUAGCAGAGGGAAUGGGCAGAAGUUUCCAGUUCCAGGCUUCACCCCAGGCUCACAGCUUCAAGCAGAGCCUGUCGCUUAGGCUCCCUUGCACCUGGAGUCGAAACCAUGGCUCCCAUUCACCUGUCUCUUAUUUUCCUGUCCUUCCCACUCCUCACUCACCUACUAUUCAUCUCCAUUUUUGGAUGAGGAUUCUCCUUUAUUGCUUUUUAACUAAAAACCUGUUUUAGUUAGCAUCUUUAUUCUAAUUUCUUUAAAUGCUAUGUCAUACUCAGCAAGGACAUGCUCAUAUUAGGGGAAGCACAUAAAGUAAGAUAUCCCUGAGAGAACAGUGCAUCUCACACCCAUUCCAUGGCUUAGGCUUAUGCAGGAAGUGCAAUAUUUGGCCAUAUCACUUAAGUAUACAUAUGCUUAUAUUAUGCAUACUUGCAUGCAUAUUACAUUUACAAGUAGUUGAAUUCGUGUAAGUUAAAUGGUUCUAUUAUAUGUCUUCACUAUAUUAAGGUCAGUCACAAUUUAAUUGAAAUAGAUCAUCCUAGGUGAAUCCACCUGCAUAAUGAUCAGCCCUGUUAAGCACAGACACAGGAGAUGCAAAGGAAAGAAGUAUUCAGUAGAGCGGUGGUGCUGGGCUGAGUACCUGCUAUCAGACGCAGCACUUACCAGUUUGGAAAUUGAAUGGGGCUCCUAGAAAACAUCCUUGUUUCAUGUAAAUGUUGCUUUUUACCCCUCAUUCUUUGGGCCCCAUCAAUUUGGAAGUACAGCUUUCAGAUUGAAGUAUGUGUCAGUUCCUUUGUGUCCAAACAAGAUGGCUAAGUAGGUCGUCAGGACAGGUAACUACCAGUGCUUUAAAAACUUUAGGAUUUCCCCCCACAGUUCUCAAUCACUUGGUUCAUUGUUCAGCAAUAUGGCCUAAGGGGGUGAUUUCUUCAUUGAUAAGUGACAGGGCAGGGACACUGGAAAGAUCUAUUGUCAGAAGGCCUGGAUUCAGGUUCAAGGCCUGGUUCUUAGUAAUUUUGUGACUAAGCAAUUGGCUGAGGUGGCCAGGCGCGGUGGCUCACACCUGUAAUCCCAGCACUUUGGGAGGCCAAGGCGGGCAGAUCACAAGGUCAGGAGAUAGAGACCAUCCUGGCUAACACAGUGAAACCUCGUCUCUACUGAAAAAUAGAAAAAAUUAGCCAGGCAUGGUGGCGGGUGCCUGUAGUCCAAGCUACUUGGGAGGCUGAGGCAGGAGAAUGGCGUGAACCCGGGAGGUGGAUGUUGCAGUGAGCCAAGAUCGCGCCACUGCACUGCAGCCUGGGCGACAGAGCAAGACUCGGUCUCAAAAAAAAAAAAAAGAAAAAAGAAAAAAAGAAAAUCAUUUGAUAAAUAAUGGGCUGGGCGUGGUGGCUCAGGCCUGUAAUCCCAGCACUUUGGGAGGCCAAGGUGGGUGGAUUACCUGAGGUCAGGAGUUCAAGACCAGCCUAGCCAACAUGGUGAAACCCUGUCUUUACUAAAAAUACAAAAAUUAGCUGGGCAUCUCCAAAAAAAAAAAAAAAAAGAAAGAAAAA